CUGAGAGAAGGUAGUUGAUGGCACAGAUGACGAGGCACGAAGAACUUCCGAUCCCAAUUCUCUCGGCGCUCGAUCAAGUCUACGGCGAGUCGUCGCAGCUCGAGGAGGCUGAGCUCCGCUUCCACCGCCUCAAGACUACCUUCCACAAGGUCUUCGGUCACCCUCCUCAACUCUCCGCUCGCUCUCCAGGGAGAGUGAACUUGAUCGGAGAGCACAUAGAUUAUGAGGGGUACUCGGUGUUGCCGAUGGCGAUAAGGCAGGACACGAUUGUGGCGAUCAGGAGGAAUGAAGGGGAGAAGGUUCUGAGGAUUGCGAAUGUUAAUGAUAAGUAUGAUAUGUGUACUUACCCUGCUGAUCCUGACCAGGAAAUUGACUUGAAGAAUCACAAAUGGGGACAUUAUUUCAUAUGUGGGUACAAAGGCUUCUAUGAGUUUGCCAGAUCCCGAGGAAUAGAUCUUGGUGCACCAGUGGGACUUGAUGUCCUUAUUGAUGGAACAGUUCCUACAGGUUCUGGACUAUCAAGCUCUGCUGCAUUAGUUUGUGCUUCUACAAUUGCUAUUAUGGCUGCUUUUGAGCAGAAUUUCCCCAAGAAAGAUAUUGCUCAACUUACAUGUGAGUGUGAGCGACACAUUGGUACACAAUCUGGUGGAAUGGAUCAGGCCAUCUCGGUAAUGGCUAAGCCUGGGUUUGCAGAACUAAUUGACUUCAACCCUAUUCGUGCUACUGAUGUGCAACUUCCAGCUGGCGGAACUUUUGUUGUAGCUCAUUCCUUGGCAGAAUCUCAGAAAGCAGUAACUGCUGCUACCAAUUAUAAUAACAGAGUUGUUGAAUGUCGUUUAGCUUCGAUUCUGCUUGCUAUAAAGUUGAGAAUGAAGCCACAAGAUGCAAUCUCAAAUGUCAAAACUCUUUCUGAUGUUGAAGGGUUGUGUAUAUCAUAUGCUAGUACCCAUGGGUCUUCAGAUCCUAACAUAGCUGUAAAGGAACUGUUGAAGGAAGAACCUUAUACAGUUGAUGAAAUUGAGAAAAUCACUGGGGAAAAUCUAGAGUCUGUCUUUCGAAAUUCUGCAUCUUCGCUGGAUGUGUUGAAGGCUGCAAAACACUUCAAGUUAUAUCAGAGAGCCUCUCACGUAUACUCUGAAGCUAAGCGGGUUCAUGCAUUCAAGGACACUGUAUCAUCAGAUUUAAGUGAUGAGGGUAAGCUGAAGAAUCUUGGUGAUCUUAUGAAUGCAAGCCAUCAUAGCUGCAGUGUUUUAUAUGAGUGCAGUUGUCCGGAGUUGGAAGAACUUGUGGAUAUUUGUAGAGGGAAUGGUGCUCUUGGGGCAAGGCUGACAGGCGCUGGAUGGGGUGGCUGUGCAGUUGCUUUGGUUAAAGACAGUAUUGUCCCACAAUUCAUCCUUAAUUUAAAGGAACGGUUCUACCAGCCAAGAAUUCAUAGAGGUGUCAUAAACAAUAACGAUCUCGGCUUGUAUGUUUUUGCUUCCAAGCCUUCUAGUGGUGCUGCUAUCAUCAAGUUUUAGCGCAUCUCAACUGGUUCACCUCUUUGUGAGGACUGCCCAUGCUCCCGUCCUGAUGAUUUAGCUUAAUUUAUGCCCUCAAAUUGUAUGAGAAUAAACCUGCUGCUCUUCGGUACACGGAGCUAUGCUAUGCUAUUCGUCUCGCAGUUAAUGUACCCAAUACUGGGAUCAUCAGUUUCCCUCGUGAAGAUUAUGGAGCUUGUGAUGUGUUUUCUGUAAAUUUUAGCCAUUUGAUUUUACAGAUUCACGAUCGAAAUUAGGAGACUUCUUCAGAAUCUGAAUUGUUCAUAGCUAUUAUAAAGAAGAACACAUAGAAUUAUAGAAAUAGGAGAUGACAUGUACGACUUGAUUGCUGGCACUCAGUGAAGUGUAGUAAAAAGUUUCAGUGUCACCG